AUGUACACCGCCCGAGGCCAAGGACAAGGACAGGAACUCUUCGCCGCCCCCGCCUCGACCGCAGUCCGACAUCAACAAGCCAAAAGACCACACGUCGGCAUUCCCUGGACAUUCGAAAAAUCCUUCAAAAUCCUCGCAACCGUCCACGUUUCGCCACCAUUGCACCCCCUCCAAGCUGGCAAUGCCCUACGAGCCAACACGCCGAUAGAGACUAGACGACCCCUUUUAUCCACCGCCACCAUGAGCGAGCGGCAGAGCGGAGUAGUCAAGUGGUUCAACGAGGAGAAGGGAUACGGGUUCAUCACACCAGACUCCGGCCCCGACCUGUUUGUGCACUUCAAGGCGAUUGAAGGCGGCGGCUUCAGGUCGCUCAAGGAGGGGCAGGCCGUCAGCUUCGAGGCCGUCCAGGGACAAAAGGGGAUGCAGGCGGACAGGGUCCGCGUCGAGAGUUAA